GGGUGCUUCCUUUUGUGAUGGAUAGUUUUCCCAAAUCUGUAUAAUGGGGAAGCAAAGCUCUCCUAAGAGUCCACGUCCUGAUACAUCGAUGAAGGAUUACCAGACAAGAAGUUCUGAAAGUGGUGGUUUUGCAGGAAAUGGUCCUUCCUUGGGUAGGAGGCUGUCAGGUGGUGAAAGUGCCUGGAAUGCCAAAGCCAUGUCACUCCACGGUUUGAGCCAAAAUGAUAAUCAUGGCAACAGCAAGGUUGGUUCUUGUAGGGGAGCUUGUGUUGGGAAAAGGCACGCCUGGUUUAGCAGCAAGUAUGUGAGAUCAGUCGCCACGAUGUUGGCCUUCGUGGGGUUUCUUAUCAUGCUGGAUUCCUUGAUGGUUUCUGUUUUUGAUCCCAUGUGGCUUGGAAGAAACAUCUCAACAUUGACCAAAGCAGAUGAUGAGGAUCGUACAGCUUACUCCGAGGAGGGAAAGUCACCGGUGCAGAUGUAUGGUCACCUCUUAAGCAUAGCUUCUGGUGCACUUGCAGAGAAAGAGUUGGAGCAACAAGAGACAAGGUUUUGGAAGCAACCUUAUGCUGCUAAGGCAAGUGUAUGGAAACCUUGUGCAGAUAGAAAAGUUCCUGAAUACCCAGGAAGGUUAGGGAAAAGUAAUGGCUACAUAAUGGUGAGUGCAAAUGGUGGUCUCAAUCAACAAAGAGUUGCUAUUUGCAAUGCUGUUGCUGUGGCAGCUUUACUCAACGCGACUCUAGUUCUUCCCACGUUCCUUUACAGCAAUGUUUGGAAGGACCCAAGUCAGUUUGGUGAUAUCUACCAGGAGAAACAUUUCUUGGAUAUGAUGAAGGAGGAAGUAGAUAUUGUGAAAGAACUCCCAUCUCGUUUCAAAUCUCUAGCCAUUGAAGCAACUGGCAGCCUGGUAUAGAUAUAGUACAUUACUCCAAGAUUACUGAUUCUGAUUUGCCAAAGGAGGCGACGCCAAAUGAUUAUAUGGAGAAGGUGCUUCCAAUCCUGAUACGAAAUGGAUUGGUUCACUUGCUUGGGUUUGGGAAUCGACUCGGAUUUGAUCCAAUGCCAUCUCAACUUCAGAAACUGAGGUGCAAAUGCAAUUUCCACGCUUUGAAGUUUGUUCCAAAGAUCCAAAAAGUUGGCGCAUUGUUGAGACAAAGGAUAAGGAAGUACGAAACUGAACCGACUGCGUUGGAUAAACAACUCCUUGGUGACUACAUCUCUAGCAGUAUUCCCUCCAACAGGCCAUAUAAUGCAACAAAACCGCCACAGAAGUAUCUUGCUUUGCACUUGAGAUUCGAGAUCGAUAUGGUCGCCUACUCCUUGUGUGACUUCGGAGGUGGAGCAAAUGAAAAGCAGGAGCUUCAGGCUUAUAGAGAAAGCCACUUCCCUCUUCUCAUUGAACGUUUAAGAAAAUCCAAGACCGUAUACACAGAUGAACUAAGAAAGACAGGAAAAUGUCCAUUGACACCAGAGGAAGCAGCACUAGUCCUUGCUGGACUAGGAUUCAAGACCGGAACUAGUAUCUACCUCGCGGGGUCUCAAAUUUAUGGAGGCAAAUCAAGAAUGCAUUCAUUCGUCAGCCUUUACCCUACCUUGAUCACCAAGGAAACUCUCCUCUCACAGGCUGAACUUGCUCCCUUCAGGAAUUUCUCUUCACAGAUGGCUGCACUGGACUUGAUCGCAUGUGCCACUGCAGAUGUGUUUGCGAUGACUGAUUCAGGGAGCCAGUUGGCAUCAUUGGUUUCAGGGUUCAGGACUUACUAUGGAGGAGGGAAUGCUCCAACGUUGAGGCCGAACAAGAAGAGGCUUGCUGCGAUUUUGCACGAGAAUAGCACGGUAGAAUGGAAUGGCUUUGAAGAGAGAGUGAGGCGAAUGAUCGACGAAGGUCAAAGGGUGAGGCCCAGGCGUUUCGGGAGAAGUGUGUAUCGACAGCCUAGAUCUCCAGAGUGCAUGUGUAGUAGCAGUAGUAGUAGUAACUGAAGAAUGUUGCUGUAUCUUUCUUCAAUUCUUUAAUCAAACUUCAGGUUAAAUAACUGAUAUUUUCUCCAAAAGGGUUGGUUUGGAAGCUGAAAGACAUAUCAUUAUAG